UCCCCUGUGCUUCUUGAUAACCACAAUCAGUGGUUAAAUUAUAGUUAGUUAAAAGAUAUCAUCUGCUCUCUCAUACUUUCCUUCUUCACUCGUCCUCGCUAUUCUCUCUUAUAAAACAGCAAGCAUUUUCUCUUUUGAAACAACAAAAACCUCUCUUUUGGAGCAACACAGAUAUCUCUGUGUUUGAUUUAAGUCAAGAUGGCCUUGUCAACCUCUGCAAUUGGAUUUGAAGGCUAUGAAAAGAGGCUUGAGAUCUCAUUCUUUGAGGCUGGGAUAUUUUCUGACCCUGAAGGUCGGGGCCUCCGAGCUCUUUCUAAGGAGCAAUUGGACAAAGUUCUUAAACCAGCUGAGUGCACUAUUGUCUCAUCAUUAUCAAACAAUGAAGUUGAUUCCUAUGUUCUUUCUGAAUCCAGCCUCUUUGUAUACCCAUACAAGAUUAUCAUUAAAACUUGUGGCACUACAAAGCUGCUACUCUCUAUCCCUCCCAUCUUAGAGUUGGCCGAUGGAAUCAGCCUCAAAGUGAAAUCUGUGAAAUACACUCGUGGGAGUUUUAACUUUCCUGAGGUUCAGCCAUAUCCGCAUCGUAAUUUCUCUGAGGAAGUUGCCAUUCUUGACAGUUACUUUGGUAAACUCGGUACAGGUAGCAAAGCCUAUGUGAUGGGUGGUGCUGGAAAACAGCAGCAAUGGCAUGUUUACUCUGCAUCUGCUGAAUCUGCAGAAAACACAUCUCCCAUCUGUACCUUGGAGAUGUGCAUGACUGGCUUGGACAAGAAGAGUGCAUCUGUCUUUUUCAAGACACAAUCUAGUUCUGCUGCUGUGAUGACUGAUGCUUCUGGCAUUAGAAAAAUUCUUCCUGGAUCAGAGAUAUGUGAUUUUGAUUUCGAACCAUGUGGAUACUCAAUGAAUGCUGUUGAGGGAGGCGCAAUUUCUACAAUUCAUGUGACCCCAGAAGAUGGCUUCAGCUAUGCAAGUUUUGAAGCCAUGGGUUAUGAUUUCAAAGAUGUGAACAUGGAUGCCCUUAUCCAGAGAGUGUUGUCCUGCUUCCAACCUACUGAAUUCUCUGUUGCUUUGCACUGUGACUCCAUUGGAGAGAAGCUUGAUUCUGUGUUCAAACUUGAUGUGAAAGGAUAUGCCUGUGGAGAAAGGAGCUAUGAAGGCCUUGACAAGGGAGGAUCAAUUAUGUACUGUGGCUUCACUAGUACUGGUAGUUGUGGAUCUCCGAGAUCAACCCUGCUCUGCUGUUGGAGUGAAAACGAGGACGAGGAAGGAGAGAAGAAACACUUUUAAUCAGAUGAUCUAGUUUUUCUUCUCUAUUAGUAUUUUUUAUAUUAUCUACUUGCCUGUUGGGGAAUAAAGAUUCUGUUAUGUGGAAUCAUUAGGGACAAUCUAGUAGUCUAUGUUAUGUGGUUUAAGACAUUUAUCGUAUUCGGAGUGCAUUUGUUAUUGUUGAACAUGUUGUGAUAGUAAUAAACUUGUGCUUAAGUAAUUUGUUUUUGGUGUUA